ACACAUGACAUUGAACUGGUCGAUUUCGUUCACGAACGAUGAGUCAAAACUAGGUACAAUCGGUAUGGGUAGCAUUUGAAAUAGCAUGGCAAAAUAGAGCAAAGGCGGUGGUUAGUGUUCAACGUAUUUGCUUUUAUGUUAUGAAGAGUUGGUUACCAUAAUUUAUCAUGGACAAAAUUCUCAGAAGUUCUUCGCCGUAUGUUAAUACGGCUGUCAUGGAUGAGUUCCUUAACGUAACAGAAAAAUCUGCUAAAGCUAGGAAAAUAUUUUGGUACUUGUUAGGAAACUCUGUAGUUUCUUGUAUUCUGCUUUAUGACACGUUGCAAGUUUGCCCUGAUUACUCAUUUUGGGUUAGAGUACUUGGUGUAACACUUACUGUUGGAUUUUGUCUGAAUACAUUAUUUCAUGUAUAUUUGUAUUACCAAGCCACAGCAAGUCUUAAUCCUGUAGCAAUCACACCUUCUGAGAAAAGUCUAUUAGGUGUUAGUGAUGCAGAUACGCACUUCAAGAUAUCUACCCCUCUUCGAUCUUCCAGUCCAGUUUCUUCAACCUCUGGAUCAGCUACUCCAAUAAAUUUAUCUGCUGUGAGUUGGCUUUCUACUGGCUCUAGCUCUAGUCCAGGAUUUAAUAGCAACAUGACAAUGUCUGCUGCAUCGUGGGAGUACCUACCAAAUAUAUCAAGAUGUGCAUCAUUUUCAAAAGGAUCACAGGACAAUUCUCAACUAACUCCAAAAUUAUUUGAUUUAAACAAUUUUUCUAAUUCAUCAAUUGGAUUGAUUGAUAAUGAGGAUUCAUUAUCUCGCUAUUUAAGUGAGUUUGAGGAGUAUGAGAAGAGUUUUGAGCAGUCCACAAAUGCAUUGUGGAAGAAUUCCUCAGGAAGGUUCAAAGUGGAAAGUCCAAUUCUGAAAAGCUGUAAUUACCUAUAUUCUACCCCAUCGCCAGUACAGAAAACUGGCUCUUCAGGUGAUACUCCUGAUGAGCUGAUGAAUUCGUCAGCUUUGAAGAAUCCCCUUGAUGUGUGGGGCCGCUUUGGGGUAGACCGCACUCUGUUGACUCAAUGGAAUUCUAAUCUUCGCAGGUGGAUUUCAGAGACGGUUCUGGAGCGAAUAGUUCGUGAAAUAGAUGCAUUGGACCAAACAUUUCAACGAUCGGGUCUUGCUGAUAUCAAGAUGGGUGGAGUUGGUUUGGAACGCCUGAAAAAGACUGUGCAGAUGGCUCAAGUGUCUCAAAAUAUGCCUACUUUUCCUUUGCUUGUGCGCUUCCUUGAACUUAGUUCCAAUCAGGAAUAUCUUGUCACUAGAAUAAGAGAACUUGCAAAAGGAGGUUGUAUGAGUGAAUUCCGCUGGAAUGGAGGAGGAAAACUUCAUGGGAAAGAUUGGGAUGAACACUUACCUACAGAUGCUGCACUUGUUAUGUAUUUGUUGGCUACAUAUUUGGAUACUCAACUACCACCAUUACCGCACAAUCCUGAAGGGCAGCCAUUCACUUCUGAGUACCUUAUAAAAGCCCCAAACAAAGUGCCCCCUCGGAAAAACUCUCCAAUUAUACAAGAAGUUCAAAUGAAUCCUCCACACUUUGUCAUUUUUGUCAAUGGGCACAAGAUUGACAUUGGAAAGGGUCGGAAUAACUUCUUUCACACCUUGUUACUGUUUCUCUAUCAGAUGAAUGAAAAGGAACAUGGGAUGCUUGGUAGAGUGAACAUGGGUCCUUCAGGGAUCAAUAUACUGUGGGUUAUUGACAGAUGAUGAUGUGUGCAUUGUCAUAUAUCUUCAAAUUUUAUUUUUUCAUUUCAUAGUAUGUAUGAAUCCAUUGACUGAAUGCUCAUUAAAUGUACAUAAUUAUCAACAAUUUUAUUAUCAUUAAUUAUUGUUUUGUCUGCAAUGUUGCUUUUGUGAACUCCAUGUUCUAACAUCAAUGUUUAUGCAAGCAAAUAUAUUUUUAAAGAAUUGUUGUGCCAACAAUUUUUUGAUUUUGACAACUUUAGGUUUCUUUUAAGAAGCCUUUAUAGUCUCACUGCUCUAAAAUUUUACCUUGUAUUAUGAAACUUGAAAGGAACAUAUGGAAUGUCAUUGAUUAUGUGAAUUCUGUUCACCGUCUGCUACUUCAUUAUUGUAUUUGAAAUAAAGCCUGUUAAACAAUUUUUUCUUUUCUUUCUUUUUUAAAUGGUUUAAGGCAGAGUGACUGAAGUCAAAUUCAUUGUGGAGUUUUGCAAUGAAUAUAUGAUUAAAAAUAGGUUAUGAUACAUUCAAACCUUGUAUUUUCUUUCUUAUAAUAGACCAUUAAUUUGAUACCAUC